GAGCUCGUGGCACAAGCACUUUCCUCCAUCUCUCAACUCCCAUCCAACGACUAUAAUUUCACUAUACCAAUAGCCAAGAAAAAAGAAAUAUAUUACCAUAGCCAUACCCUCUCGAUAGUUUCACUAUCCUCACCUGCACAUUUGAGAGGAAGAAAAUAAAGCAGAGCUAGCUAGUAGAAAAGAUAAUGGCUUCUCUCCCAAUUGGCUUCGCUCCUCCUACUUUUAGAGUGUAUGCAGCCACAGCAGCAAAGGAAGCAGGUGGCAGUAAAGAGGAAAAGGGCUUUCUUGAUUGGGUCCUUGGAAAUUUGCAGAAGGAAGACCAGUUCUAUGAGACUGAUCCUAUCCUCAAGAAAGUAGAGGAGAAGAGUGGUGGUGGUACCACCAAUGGCCGCAAGAACUCUGUGUCAAUCCCACAGAAGAAGAAGGGUAAUGGUGGAGGCUUCGGUGGAUUUGGUGGGCUGUUCGCCAAGAAAUGAAAUAUAGAGAUAUAUUAGUCUGUUAUAUUUGUGUCUCUGACUCCAUUUCGAUGUCCUUGAUGAUUCUUAAAUUCCAAACUGUAUGUGUUCUCUCUUUCUUUGCA